CUCUUUAAGUUUACUAUAUGCCUUGAGUAAUAGAUAUUCAACUCUGAAAAAGAUAUUCUUGCCCUCCAGGAGCCUACAGCCGAUGGGAGGAGAUAUUUAAACAGGUCCACAUCAGGUGCAUGAGAAGAACAGCGAGCUCUGCCUGGAAGAACUAGAACCACCUUCCCGAGGAAGUGAAGUCACAGCGGAGACCAGUGCCAGCACUCGACAAGGCUCCUUGAGAAUUCAGAACAGAUGAUGUCACCUAUAAAUGCCCUAUAAAUGGAGCAAGGCUUCAGGUGCAUCUGAACAACUUAUCUGCAUUGAUACCCAGUGCUACAAACAUGGCUGUCUCAGUGCUUCGGCUGACAACUGUCUUGGGACUGCUUGCCUUACUCCUGAUUUGCCAGGCUGAUGACAAAACAGGUGACAAACCAGACAACAAACCAGACGACUCAAGCAAAAAACUAGAGCCAGAGUUCCCCAAAUUCCUGAACCUCUUGGGCACGGAGAUUAUUGAGAAUGCGGUGGCGUUCAUUCUCCGCUCCAUGACGAGGAGCACAGAUUAUAUGGACUUUGGUGAUAAGCGAGAAGAACAUUCAUCAAAGUGACUUCCCCAGAUUCCACAUAUGAGCAAUCUCAUAUGGUAUUUCUGCACAGCAAAG